GUCGUGACUCAUGACACAAGUCAUAGCAUACCCCACCACACCGAUACCAUCAAUCCCAAACUCCACCGUAGAACCCAUCAAAACCAUUUCUCAAACGUGUGAAACAAGAACCAGAAACAAAACCAAAAAGAAAAAAAAAUAAAAAUAAAGGGUAAUUUCCAACCAUAGGUGCUCCUUCCAACACAUGUUUCCUCUACCAAAUUCUUCACCUUUCGAUUUUUUCACAUGUUGCCGUGUUGGAACAACAAAAGGGGUUUGUUCCUACGCAUGUAAAUUCAACUCUUAGGAUACAAACCAUAACAUAUUUUCUUUUCAAGCUUUUUUUUUUUUUUUGGGGGGGGUUUCAAUAAGCCCUUGAAUCUAGAAGAAAAACAUGCCUCCCAUGUCGACGAUUCCACUUCACAGACCUGAAUUUCAUUCCUUGUUCUUCAAUGGGUCUCCAAAUUCUUAUAAAUGCCCGAGAAUCACUGCCUCGUGGACCAUGGCCAUGGAUUCGAAAUUUUCUCCAACAGUGAAGAAUAAUGGUGAUAAUAACUAUAAUAUGAAGAAGGAAGAACUCUCUGUGCAGCUUUCAACUCGACGCGUUUCCAAAGUGGAAACUUUAAGCUCCAAUGAUCUCCAAUUUGAUCGAUUGCAGCCAUCGGAUCAAGAAUUGGGUCGAGUAAAUAGGUUUGAGUUUGGGCAAUUUGUUGCACGAGAAGCUGUGCUUGAUGAAGAGUAUUGGACAGCAGCGUGGUUAAGGGCAGAAAGUCACUGGGAGAAUCGAGCAUAUGAAAGAUAUGUUGAUAACUACAAAAGGAAAUUUUCCGAGCAGGAAUUUAAUGCAUUGAAAAGGCGGUGCAAGGUGCAAAAUGGCGAUAGCUGCGCAUGUAUCAUCACGGUGAGGAAGGAGCAGAAGAAUGGAAAGCACUCAAUAUUAAAAAGUGUUGUAGGAACCCUUGAUUUGAACAUCCGAUAUUUGCUGCAAGGGGAGACCUUUCCAGGGGAACGGGUAAAGGCUCCUCUGUUUUGUAGCAUCAACAGAACACCACCAAGCAGAUAUGGCUACAUUGCGAACUUGUGUGUUAUUAAAUCGGCUCGGCGGCAGGGAAUUGCCAGGAACAUGAUGUCUUUUGCUAUUGAAGCUGCAAAAUCUAAUGCAGGUGUGACACAAGUAUAUGUCCAUGUAGACAAAAAUAAUAGGCCUGCACAGAUAUUGUACCAAAAGAUGGGCUUCGAGAUGGUUGAAAUGGCAAACUCCAGGUCGUUAGUAGAGGAAACAUACUUGCUACGUUUACAGACAUAAAAUACGAAAGAUUAUUAUUACUAACGCUCCAAUUGGAAAGCUUUGGAGCAAUUGGGAAUUUCAAAAUUCGAAUCGUCCUGAUAUCAUAGAGGUAUAAGCUUUUAGUUUGUGUAAAUACAUGUAGGUGUCCAUGCUUGUACCCAAGGUAACAAGUUUCCAUUAUUUUCAAAACUCCAGUUUUUAUGUACUCUUCCUGAAAUUAUAUUUAACGGAGAGAAGAAAAAAAAAACUUGUGUCGCCAAACUCUGAUCUUAUGUAUUGGAAUUGAAAAAAGCUGUUUUUAAGUGCAACGUUUUACAUGGUUUCUCGUUUGGAA